AGUUCGCCGCAGCCGCGCACUCUGCAUUGCUCUGCAUCGCGGGGUGCUUCACCGUUCAACCACCAGAUGGCAGCGGUACAUCAACAACAAGGGAAACACGCCGUUGGAUUUUGCCUCCACAAACUUUGCACAAGAGUUGAAGCCACAAAAAACAGCAAAUAAGUAAUUCAAGAAGGGAGUGUAUGAAAAAUUUCCUUCCAUCAUGUCAACUUAUGAUUUUGGCUUUCGGGAAAUCAUACCUGAUCAGACGUUGCCGGAAAAAUGGAAAGAAGUAACCAUCAACACAGGCGGCACGCAAAGUACACUGCAAGAUAUAAAAGUGCCGGAAAGAGCCGGUGGAUUUACCUACAAAGACACCACAUUGCCAUACACUAGGAACAGAUUUAUUUACUGGCGAAUCAGCCAUGAUGUUCUGGAGCUAGUCGAGCACAGCCUGGAUAUCAAUUUGGUCAACAACCAUGUUCGCUUCCGAUUCCAAGACUCGCCGAUUCUGGAAGGGGUUUCCAUCCAAGAGUCGGCUAAUUCUGUGCAAGUUCUUGUGCCAACAGUAUCGAGCGUCCACCGCCUAGUUUUCUCUCAUCCAGACACUAUCACCUCAAAAAGUUUGCAGGCGUUCAGCUUACGACAGCCGCAAGAUUCAAUCUUUGUCGAGGCCAGUGUCAAUUGUGUCCAGCAGCAGUCCAUUAUCCACCAUUCGGCUCCAAAUUCUGCUCUGCCUCAACUAGCUGCUUCUUACCUGGCCGUCAAUGAUGAGGCUAUUUUUGCACUUCAGUACAACUCUGGUUCGACCCUGCUCGUUCGAAUGGAUUACAUCAGUGGUGCUGUCAAUGCGGUUGAAAUCAAAGAGACAACCCUCAUGACUAGAUUGUUCUCUGGUAUUGUCCCUGGUCCCCUAUUACGAUCAAAGGGUGCUGAAGAAGAAUGCGUCACAUCUCUGGUCUUGCACACUCUUGGACUGGCCACGUACCUCUUCACACUGACUCAGGACUGCAAGCUGAAAUUGUGGUCUUGUGACCGACAAGAAUGCAUAAUGGUAGCCAACCUUUUAGACUUGCUGAACAUGCCCAAGCCCCAGCAGGGUGUUCCUGAACCAGGACGACAAAAUCACACUCUUCGAAAGGCAGUUGGCCGAGAUGAAAAUGAUCUGCACAUUGGCAUCUUCCUGUCAUUCACUAGGAAGAACGCAUUUCUCAUUGUAAAACCUGCUUCUGAACAGGGAUACUUUGAUCUCAAAUGCCUCAUUGCUGUUAGUGACAAUCAUAUUGGCCCGGAUAAUGAUUUGGUCGACUUUUGGAUUAGUUGCUCGUCAAUUUGGGCAAUGUGGUCAAACCCAGACGGAGAAACUGUUGUACGUCAUCGACGUCUGCGAGACGAGGUGACUCACUCUCAUGGCACAAACUGGACUCAAGUUGUACCUGAGACUCCGCCAGACCGAAACUUUGACCCCAGCACCCAGGGCACCGUUGAUCCGAAGCAAGCUUAUUUGAACUACAUUUUCCAGCCAGGGAAGUUUCCACUAUCCGUCAUUAACAGAGCACUAACUAUUUACCGUCGACCCAGUGGAGGCUCAUUGCCCACACAUUUACCAGAGGUAUCUGCCUCUGUGCUGAAGGAGAGGGUGUCUGUUGUUGUGGAGAAUGAGAUUAAGAAUGAAAUUUCUGACCUAGACAUCACUGAUGAAGAGUAUUUGGAAAUAUCAUGGGGCGCUUGGGCCAAGUUUUAUUCCUGCUGCAUUCAAUACUACUGGGCCGGCACCAGACCAGUAGCUCUUUUGGCAGCUCCAGCCUCAGACAUGAUUCCAGGUCCCCUGUCAAACAAUCCAAUUGGAAUUGUCUGCAAGGCCCAGUUUUCCCUGUUUCGACCAAUAGACGAGUUGGAUCACCUCUGGACAAUAGGACCUGGCAUUGCUGACCUUGCAGCAUUCAGUCCAGUUACUAGACCUAAAAAUGUUUGCACUCCAGAAAUGGUUACAUUCUUCCAAGCUCUGCACAGAAUGGACAAGCAUCUUCCACAGGAAAUGAAAGAUAAUUUUGACCUUGCGAUCCAUUAUCAAGAAGAUCCUAAAACUUUAGUCGCCAGCUUGGUUGAGGGGUAUGAUAGUGAGUAUUUCUCACGCCGCUCAGCAAACAAACUUCUCGCCGGAAUUGUGCCCAGCAUGUUGGACGAAGUUGUACACUUGCUCACGUUCUACUCGCUCGACCACAACACGGCCACCGAAAUGGAUAUCGAAGGCGACGACCUGCCCAAAAAAGAGCUCGACAAUAUGUCAUACCUCUUUAGCAGCCAACUCGGUUGCAACGUUGUGGCUGAGGCCUUGCACCAAACCUGUAGUGGCCGGUUCAAUGUUCUGCGCAAUCUUCUUUUCCUUCUCCAGUGCCUGAAGAAGCAUUUUGUUACUAUAUUCCCAAAAGUGGACGUCAACAGUGCUCUGGCUGAGAGACUGCGCAGUCGACUCAUUCCGGCUGUCUGCCAGCUUCUCCGAUGCUAUUACAUUCUGAAUUGGGUUGCUCUGGCACCCUGUGGGCCUGUUGUACCUACAAUGCUUGAUGCUAGCAUGCAGCAGCUCAAUAUUCUAAGUAUGCGAGACAAAGUUGAAGGGGCCGAUGCAGCACACCUUGCUCUUAGAGGCCACCGAUCACAUACUUUACUGUCUUUGUUUUUGACAUCCAAAUCAGCCAGAUAUGUUCACAAUUUGAUGGCUCAACAGAGCACAGAGUUGGACUUGCUGAGCCAGUGGCACACCUCUCUCCUGCCCUUCAUGACCAUUGUUGGCAAACUUAUGUGGCCGUCAAGCUAUCUUUUUGUAUUCCCAGAGUUUCUGCUUACUUCAUGCCAAUACUUGCUGGUAGAGCAGUAUGUCCACCUGUUGAAAACCUGGUGUGAUGGCAACGUCCACUCGCGAGAGUUUAUUCUUGGCUCUGUCCUGCUUGACAUGGGAGAGGCUGAAAAAGCUUGCGACCACUUUUUGGUUGCUGCCAAAGGAGUCAAUAACGAAAGCUUUUUGGCAAAUCAUUUAGCUCAGCCUAACUACGAAGACGAACUGGAGCCCACAGCCGAACACAGACUUGUUCUCUACUACUUGAAGGUCAUCAAGUUGUUUGACCAACUGGACCACUCUGACUGUGUCCUGCGAGUAGUAGAUCAGGCGAUAAGGGGAGCUGAUAUAUAUGACACUGAGAUGGCUACUCUUCAUUCCAUAAAAUUUCACCACCUGCUGAGAAUCGGCCGCCAUGCUGAAGCGUUCGAAGCCAUGCAUUGCAAUCCAGACCCCUCAAGAAGACAAGAUUCAUUGCGCCAGCUGAUCAACUCUCUUGUCCAGCACAGAAAGCUUUACCAACUGAUCUCAUUCAGCUAUUCAGAUUCUUUGCUUACUGUCGCAGAAGAUGUGAUGCUGAUUAAAGCUAGAUCACAGGACCUGCUUGCUGCUGAUUUUUAUACUGUUCUCCACGCUUUACAUGUAAAACACCGCAACUACAGAAAAGCUGCUUCGAUUAAGUAUGAGCAAGCGUAUCGUCUCAGCAGGGAGGUCAACGGCCUUGCAAGUCUCAAGCAACAAGUGCGCUGUCUGCAAACUGCCAUCAACGAGCUCUGCUUGGUGCCUAAAGAAUAUCAAUGGGUGCUCAAGCCUCAGUGGGCAAUUCGGAAUGCAGCGCUUAGUUCGGUAUUCAGCGAUUAUGAGCCACCAAACCAGAGUCCUAAACGAAAUUAUGAUGGUGAAGAAAUAUUGCCAGUGGAUGUAAAAAAGAAAAUGGAAAUUGUCGAGCUCUGGCAGAUGAGGAAGGACAGUGAGGUGCUGCUGGCUAAGAUGGAAUUAGUUGGACCAGAGGCAGCCAACAGUCGGGUUUCAGCUGUCGCGCAUUUGUCUGUUGAGCAGUUGGUUGUUGUUUUGUACAGCCAGAGCUUCUUUGAUUUGGCACUACGUCUUUCAAGCCUUCACGAAUUGCCAAAAGGUAGCAUUUUGGAAGCCAUUGCAGGGAAAUGCGUUUCCGUCACUCGAGAUGACGAAAAUGAAGCCAACUCGAGUUGGUUAGGAUAUAACUAUACAUCAGAUGUUGCCUGCGGAGAUGGCUCAGUUAGCAGUGUUGCUUGGAAAUAUCUUCAGAAGUGUUUAAAACAUCACGAAGUUGGUAGACAGACUGAGUUGCACAAGGCUAUCGUUGUCAGACUUAUCAAAGUUGAAGCAUUUCUGCCACAAUGGCUGAUUGAUUCCUACAAGAACCGUAAGGCUGCUGAACUCCUGAGGGUCUUGCUGAUGGCAGGACGUUUAGAGGAGGCUGGUCAACUAAGUUGUGAGCUCUACAAUGCUGGUAUGGGUCAUGGUUCUAAGGAAUUUGGAAUGGGCCGCGGAUUGCACGAAAAAAAUGCCUCAGUCUGGCUCCCCCACAACUUACUUCAAUGGGCUUUGAAAGAACUCGAAGCAGCCGUCGAACAAGACAAACUUGGAGCACCCUUUUCUCAACUGUUUGAGGAUCUAAAGGAUUUACAAAGCAAGUACAUAGGCAAGGCAAAAAGAAUGACCGAAGGAAUGAAGAUCAGCACUAAGAAAACUGCUAAAACUAAGUGAUGAUGAGUUUUAUUUAAUUAUAUUUCAGGCUUCUUUGAUUAGAAAUAAAAUUCAACUUUUUAAUAA